AUGUCAAAGUUUGCUUUUGCCUUUACAGUGAUUUUCUUCUCAAAAAAUAUGAAUAAAAAUCUCGUAGAACAAGUGACAACUGGUUUUUCCUUUCAACUUGAUAUCGGGUAUCUGGAAAUUAUAAAAAGGGCAUGCUAUAACAAUGUUGCACAGUCGAGAGUUCAUUUCACAACAUUUUUGACGAUUAAAAUAUUGAAAGCAAAUACAGAUGAUGAUGAAGCUAUAUCAACAUUUUUACAUGCUUUUUUUAUAAUUAUUCUUGGAAUAUCUGUUAAACAAGUCACGAUAAUGAGAGAUGAUAAAUCUUUGCUAUUGGGAAUUAAAAGAAAUGGAUUUGAUUGUUGCUUUAAUGCGUAA